AUGAGUUCCACAACAGCACCAACAGCUGUAUCGUCGUCAUCGUCACUAAAUUCUAAAAAGCCUCCCAUCCCACAUAAGCCUAGCACGAUACCUCCACCGGCAAACUCAAUGUUGGCAUCGGCAUCUUUGAGCGCACCCAAAAGUACGAUUCGAACAUCGUUACUAGCGCAAAGGCUGGAAGAAACACUGCGUUUGGGUAUCGAGCUCGAGGUUGCCCAUGUAUCUCGUCAUGCCAAGAUAAACUGCCAAACCGCAGAUAUCGGCAAGGCUAGCACGUCCGAUAGCAACGCCAAAUGUACAAAGAAGCCAGCCGAAGAUCAGCAGCUACAAGCCGCGCUCCAAGCCGAAAUGCGUCGCCAAUGUGGCAGCAUAAAAGCUAAGUUCUUGGUAGAACGACGAUUUCCUCAAAACGGAGACAUUGUAAAGGAGCGAUCUUACCUUGAUCCUUCGUUUACAAAACCAGAUGACCUAUUACUACAUUACACGGAAGGAAACCUAAUGUCGGGUUCUUUGGAAGGCUUGUUAACUCAUUUCACGCCAUCCCCAACGUAUUUCCCCGAUCGUCCGUUUAUUUUUACGUUCCUGCUUGCUGCCCGCCAAUUCAUACGACCGGAUGAAAUUUUGGAUAAAGUGAUGAAAUCAACACUCGCGAACGGAGGCACUAAUAAUCUACCAUAUCUACUAUCCACAUGGAUGAACGAUUUUCCGUACGAUUUCCGAGAUGAGCGCAUGAUUCGGAUGGUCCGCGACUUUACAGAACAAUCAACCGAGAGUGAGAGGAAUUGCUACAAGGAAAGAAACACUCUCUCGCGUGCUCUGCGGCGACUGGCCAACAGAUUGACGAAAUUGGAAAAAUAUGAGCUUGAAAAGACUCAAUUGCAAAAGCUAAAAUUUAGCGUGGAUGAGUGGAGAACUGCACAACCUUUGGUGGAGAUUGCCGGCGGGUCCCCGAUGCAAAUGGCAAACACACUUACUGCCAUAGAAGUAGAGCGUUUUUCGUUCAUUGGGUUAGAGGAAUUUUUUCCUCCACCGUACGUCUCUUCCUACCGAGGGGGAGUGAGUAAUUUGCUAGCUUACGUGCAAUGGUACAAUAGAUUGACUUAUGUUGUCGCUACGGAUAUUUUGCGAUCGCCUCGUAAGCGACACCGGGCUAGGGCAGUGGAGUUCUGGAUCGAAACGGGGCGAGAAUGUUUCAAUCGUGGCAAUUUCAACAGUUUAAUGGCUAUUAUUGCCACUCUCACUGGCGGCCCUAUAGGACGAUUGAAAAAAACUUGGACAAAAGUAACUUCAUCUUCCUCCUCCUUGUUGUCUGGAAUGACAUCAUCAAGUAUGAUUUCCAGCGCCGGAGGUAUGGGAGGUAAUUCGUCCGCUUGCAGCAGUGCCGCAGGUGGUGGAAGACAACAGUUGGCUAUCCUGGAACAUCAGGCAGACCCUACGAAUAACUUUGCAACCUAUCGGGCGACACUGCAGGCUGCUGCUUGGCGAAGUUCAAAUACGAAAAAAGAAUCUACAAUUGCUGUACUGCCGUUUUUCAGCUUAUUGCUUAAGGAUCUUCACUUUCUAAAUGAGACAAGUGGCUCGACAACGGCCAUGUAA